AUGGAAAUUAAAGAGGAAGAUGAAUCGGAUUUAAGAGACUGUGAUCGUGAUGACUCUUCGCCUACAAGAGACGUUCAAAGGAUCCAUUCUAGAAAAAGGAGUCCAGAGGAAAGAAGAAAGAAAAUCAUCAGACAUCAGCAGUCGAACACAAGGAAGAAACAACAUGAAUGCCCCCAAUGUUUCAAAACCUUUGCCUCACCUUCCGCUCUUGCAAUUCAUCAACGAACACACACAGGAGAAAAGCCCCAUCAAUGUCCUCAGUGUGGAAAGACUUUUAGCCGUAUUUAUAGUCUCAAGAUGCACCAGAGGGUCCAUAGUGGAAAAAAGCCACAUCAGUGUUCUCAGUGUGGAAAGACUUUUAGUCAAAUGAGUAGUGUCAAGAAACACCAGAGAAUCCACACUGGGGAAAAGCCAUAUCAUUGUUCUCAGUGUGGAAAGACCUUUAGUCAAAUGGGUAGUGUCAAGAAACACCAGAGAAUCCACACUGGGGAAAAGCCAUAUCAUUGUUCUCAGUGUGGAAAGACCUUUAGUCAAAUGGUCGAACUGGAGAGACACCAGAUGUUCCACACUGGAGAAAAGCCAUAUCAGUGUACUACAUGUGGGAAGGGUUUCAAAAGUAGCAGUGAACUUAGGAUCCACCAGAUGACACAUACUGGAGAAAAGCCACAUCAGUGUUCUCAGUGUGGAAAGACUUUCAGUCAGAUGUCUUCUCUCAAGAUACACCUGAUGAUCCACACUGGGGAAAAGCCAUAUCAGUGUACUACAUGUGGGAAGGAGUUCAGGAGUAGCAGUGCACUUACAAUCCACCAGAUGACACAUACUGGAGAAAAGCCACAUCAGUGUUCUCAUUGUGAAAAGGCCUUUACUGCAAUUGGUAGUCUCAUCAGACACCAGAGGAUCCAUACUGGGGACAAAAAAAAAGUUAAAAAAAACAAACAUUAAUUGCAAUGUGUUUUAUAUAUUUACAAUACUUGAUUUUUUGUGAAUGGCUUUAACUUACAUAUAGUAUGCACACUACUUUAAUCAUGGGAUACUAUUAUUGUUAAAUUUGAAAGAGAGAAAGGGUCUGCCAUCAUAUUUUCUGCCACUUCUUCGUGUACCAUUCGUUUA